AUGUUUUCAUGGCCUCUACUGUCUCCUUUUUGGUUCGAUCCCAUUGUCCCCGCUGGGCCCGUUGCCGCGAUUAGCUCCUUCUGUCGCACCCGCAUUAUACUAUACGCUUACGGUCAUGAAAUGAGACUUUCAGAAUCCUCGCACGUUCGCAUCAACAGCAUGAUUCCAUUGUACUGCAUCAUAUCAAUCACUUACUGUGCGAAGGUAAACAAUCUGUUGAUAUACGAGGAUUCGUAUGUGACAUCGACUGACAGCGAAUUGAAUAAACUUAAAAACGCCAUUAAUAAGACGAUCGACAAGUUAAGGAAGACAGGAGCCCUGACGAGAAGGGAAGCGAAGGCUGCAAAGGCCACAGAUGCAGCAAUGGCACGUUUCUAUGGCCUAAAAAAGUGCACAAGCCAGGGUCUGGCCAUCGACACGAUUGAUGGUCUUCUCCAAGAGAGAUAUGAUGGAACAGACCAAAAACUCAAGCGAGCAGAUAUCAUUGAGCUCCUGGGACUGCGUCUGAAAGCAUUCUUCACGUUCACCGGCUAA